AUGGCUUCCGUUCCCGUUCCCGCACCUCGGAUGGCCGUUCGGUUUUGCGCCGCCGCCGUUUCAAGGGCCGGCACAAGCUGA